AUGUCAUCUGCAACAGACAUUCAAUCGCUCCCUUCAGAAGUUCUGAGGAAUAUUCUUUUCUUCGUGCGCAACGAGAAAAAUGGCCAAUGUUCGAUUAAAGAGUGCCGCUUAGUUUCACAUUACUUCAACAAUGCUGCAUCGCCAUUGCUGCUUACCCAAGUUUCUGUUUGCCUUACCUCGAAAUCCUUUAAUCGUUUAGAGGAUAUUUGCAACCACCCUGUUUUCAGCAAGUCAGUGCAAAGCGUCCGCAUAGUCACGUCUUACUACGAAGCCGAAUUAGCCUGCAAUCGGCCACUGUUCAUGCUCGAGGCCAAAGCCAGACUGCUUCGACAUGUAGAGACCAUGCAGAGGUCGAGAUCAUACCGGAAUAAGUAUCCUCUCACGCAAGAACAAUCACGGUGGCUGUCAAAUAUGGCUUGGAGGACAGAGCCUGAAUUCGAACAACUUUUCAGUGACCAAGUUGACGAAGAAUCACCAACGCCCACCCAAAGGCUAUUUCUCAAGCUUUAUGAUAUGUACAAAGAAUUAUACAAUGACCAGCAGCAGAUUCGAGAAGGCCGAAGCCACAUCACUCGGCUAUGCGUCGCUCUGAGUUCCUUGUCCAACCUGGUAUCAUUUGAGCUAAGCGAUAUAAGAAAUAUGGGAGGCAUGGAAAAUUUGGAUGCUUCUGACUUUGCUCAUACUGGAUAUGAUCAUACAAUACUGCAACACUUCAGCCCUAUCUUGCGCAAGUCAAGAUGGUGUGGCUCAUUCAAGACGAUUCAUACUGCGACUCCACCGGUUGAGAUGAUUGGAACAUUGUGCUCCGAGCUUGCAGACAAAGGUCUGAGACCUGAAAUAAUUCGUCUCCGUUUGGUUCCUCCCCCUAGCAUGCAAGCCUGGCAACUAUCACCAUCGCAACAGUCGGGAGUAAAGAAACUGGUUGCCCAAACCACGAAACUAGCACUGUAUGUGGAUUUCCAGGCGCGGAGCUAUGAACUCAAGAAUAAUCCUAAAAACGAAAUGCUUGCACUUUGCUCUAUCACCCAGUCAUGGAUGAGCGCACCUCAUCUUGAGGAUAUGCACGUUGAGUUUAUUGGCUAUCCUCCGCUCAACAUCCGGCCAACUGUUUCCUUGGAUGAUAUUCUGCCAGCCAACCUUUCGUGGCCACGACUUCGGUCUCUAAGCCUGCAUAAUCAACCUUUUACAGUGAUGGAGCUGAAGUACUUGGUUGCUCGACACUCGGAGACUCUGCGCGACUUGGACUUGCAAGCUUGUUGGUUAGCUGAUGGCAGCUGGGAUGAUGUUAAGGAAGCUGUUCAAAACCAACAGGAACUGGAAAGAAGUAGUAUAAAAUACCCAGCAGGUGGAAACCAGAGCUAG